AAUACAAACAGAGAAAAGAAAGGUUGAACACCAAGCUAAAUCCAACACGGACAUAGACAAAGGGAGAACCCGAAAACAGGAAAAGAAAAGGCACAGCUCAAAGGUUGGCCGGAGGGCAUGGCAGCCCAUCGUUUCUCAGCACACGAGUCAAGGAUGGUGGUGGCUGGUUAGCCCAUCGCUGUGGACCCACCGUCCUAUUGGCAAGCGAGGCUGCAAGGUGAGCAGCUCGGUUCGCUUCACGGGGAACCCAGUCCCAACAACAAUCAUCAAAGAAGGUGCAGCGUCUUCUGAUUUGUUGGAUAAUCGGAUCCAUUGAAAUGGCAAGAUUGACCCCAGAAAGCACUGCUUCAGAUUCCGCAACGGCCGCAGAAGAACACUUUGCCGGAACCGCAGAGCCGCCCAGAAAGGAACCAGUAUGAUCCCUGAUGAUCACACCGAGACCUGCUUCAGAAGGGGCUUUCCAUGCAGCAUCACAGUUCAGCUUAACAAAACUGGGGGGAGGAGCAGUCCAGAUUGGGCGACUCAAACUUGUUGGAUUUGACUCCAAUGAUUCAAGCUUGUUGGCUUCCAGGAACUCAUAAGCAAGGCUCAGACCGAAACGGAGAGUAAGUGUAGGAGAUACUGGUUGGUGUUGAUAAACAAAGGAGCAACGGGCUUUCCAGAUUGCCCAACACAGGAAACUCACACAGGUAAGAAAGCUUUUCCUAAGUACUGCAUUUGUAAUCUUUUGCAAACUUGUGAGUAUCCAAUUGUCAAUUGUUGUGAAUUGUUGCUUGUCGAAUCUGAUAGAGUUAUAAUUUUAGAGGAGCCGGAAUUGCGACGAAUUCCUUAAAAUGCAGGUGUACAAUAUGGCAGUUGGCAUACCAUGCAUUUCCCAACCCAUGUGUCGGUAUGUGCACGAGAGACUUGUAAAGCUAUAUAGUCCAUCCAAUGAUGGUAUAACUGUGUUCUUAUCCCUAACAGGGAAAAAGGAUUUUGAACAACAUUAUCAUUGCAUUGUAGGAAAUAUGUCCCAUGCCAGAACCAAACAAACAAACAAAGCAAAGCUUGUACGUACGUGAAAACUUCACCAUUUCUAGAUCUAUCUCAUCCUGAUCUUUUUGACGUAAUUUCAGUAUAUACGUCCACGCAUUCCCAGGGACCCUAAUCCCAAAAUCUCCAGUAUUGAACUUGGAUUGUACGCACCCACCACUUUUUACAUUAACUUGAUAGCAAAGCAACCUUAAUUCUCAGUCACCGAGUUUGUUCGAUCUCUUUGGUGUGCACUGUGUAUAUAUAUGUGCGCCAUUAAUAAUGAAUGGCAGCCAAUUUCAGUUAAGAGUGUUACGUAGAGACAAAAUGCAAACAACCAAAAAGAAGAAUGGAUCGAUCCUUAGUUUGUAAUCUUUCUCGUUCGGUUUAAAAGGUUAUCCAUCACAGUUGUCAUCAGUACGUUGAUCACUACUUUGCUUAUUGCUUGGUUUGAGAUCGAAAGUAAACAAGUGAAGAAACACAAAAGUAUAGUCUCUAAUUAGUCUAAAUUUUAGUGUCAAUAUAAUGUUCAUCUUUUCUUGUAAAUGAUGACUCUUUUCAUCAAAAUUUAACUUUUCAGUUCAUGUUACAUUAAAAUGAUUUUCACAAAUUGAUACAGGAUUGGAAACCGGUUCCAUACCACAGUUAAUUUGAAUUGUGCAUGGCAUUACUUUGAGUUGAGAGAUUUUGAAUAAGAAAUUUAUAUUUAGGCAGGGACGUAGCCAUAGCAAGGGCUACUUGGGCUAUAGCUUAAGGGAGAUUUAGCCCAAAAAAUUGCUAAGUAUAGCUAUCAGCUCAAAUAAAAAUAAAAAUUAUACAAGUCCAUCAGUCCAUCGAGGAGACUACUCGUCCUUAGAGAGUAGGUCUGAUCGUCUGAGAAUCACUCCAGUAGACAGUAGUCCCGCUGCCGCGACUCCCUCAGUCCCUGAAACCUCUAAGCACUUCGUGGAUUCCACUCUGACUUUUGUAAUUUCUAAGAUCGACGAAGUCAAUUGCAAAUUUGUGAUGCGGAGAUCUCUGAGGUUAGCUUGAAUUAAUUCAAUCCGAUUUCAAAAUUGAUUUUCGCUUUUUCUUUAUCAUAUUAUGUUUCGCUAACACUAGACCUAUGUAUAAUUUGUUGCUUCAAUUAUAUUUCCAUAAGUGUUGUUGUUGUAAAGUUUCUGAUGCAUUCAUAACCUGCACCUUUUGUUAUUGAGAAAACACUAACGGUUCUUUGAAAAUUGGAAGGGAGCACUGGAGUAGUUUGGUUGGGGAUUUUAUCUCUUCAAGUCUUCAUCUUGUGGGUUUAAUUUGGUCCUAAUCUUCUCUUAAUACUGCAAAGGCCCUAAUGCAUUUAUGUAAUUAUAUAUUGAAUUAUUGAUGCUAUGUGACAAAUUGAAUUCGCAAAAUUUUUAUACAGCUAAAAUUAGCCUAACCCAUUUUCAAUUCCUGGCUACGUCCCUGUAUGUAGGGUGUAAGAUGUAAUCGAAGCCUAAACUUCAUUAAAGUUCUUAUUUUCACAAAAAAAAAAAAAAAACUUCAUUAGGGCACCAUGCCACUCUAUACGUGAAAAACAUAAACUCUCAUUAGGGCACCACUCGUAACGUUUGGGGCAUACGCCAUCAUGAUGAUGAAAACGACAUUUGUUUUACGCCAACAUGAUGAUGAAUACGACAUUUGUUUUACGCCAUCAUGAUGAUGAAUACGACAUUUGUUAGUUUUAACGAGUAGUCCAAAACCCUCCAAAAACCCACAACGGAUAUGGACACUAGAUGACUAGAACAAGCAAAGCUCUGCCAAUUGCCAUAGAACUCGCACCUUGCAGCUUCCUUCUAUCCCCACGUAGCACCCCUACCCAUCUUUUGCUUUUCAUCUCCAAAUCAACUUACAAUAAAUACUCGGUCAAGUCGAUCACUUCCUUAUUCUCAAACAAAUAAUCAAAUCCCUGAGCAAUGGCUACAAAGUUUCAAGAGAACCAAAGCAGUAACGGACUCGACCAUCAAAACGGCGAUCAUGAUAUCGACGGCGAUGAUCAGUUCAGGUACCUGAUCGUACGGCCAGAGAAGGGAGGCCUCCGGGACCUGGCGAAGUACACAGUGUUGGGAGACACGGGGAGUGGGGUUCGGUUUCUGGAGGGCUCCGACGAGCAAGUGUUGGGCGACGUUGCGGAGGCGCAGAGAUGGGUGAUAGUGGUUUCCAUCAUUGCUCGGAAGAUCCUAGCUCUUUUUGGGAAGCCUAUGGAGUGGACUGGCUACGUGGUCGACUUCAUCCUCAACCUCCUCUCUCUCAAUGGAAACCUCUCUGGCUUACUCUCCAAUGUUGUUCAUGGGACGGUGGAGGUGCCGCAGAGGGGGACGGAGACUUUCAUAAGUACAAUUGGUCAUUUAGAUGGGCGGAUAAAUCUGUACAAGAAGAGUGAAAGAUUAGCAGAAGACAUUGUUGCUUUUGUUUAUUCUGAAGAAACAAGUAUAAAGGGAGAACUAGGGAACAGGGCUCUUAUGGACUGUAUCAUGGCUUCCAAGUUAGCAUAUGAGAAUGCCAAAGUCGUUAGAGAAAUCGUCAUUGACCAUUGGAAGAUGCAUUUUGUGGACUUUUAUGAUUGCUGGAAUGAUUUCCAAAAGCAGAUGUCCACCCAAGUGUUCAUACUUUGUGACAAGCCUAAAGAUGCAAAUUUCGUAUUGGUAAGUUUCCGGGGGACAGAACCUUUUGAUGCUGAUGAUUGGAGUACUGAUUUUGACUACUCUUGGUAUGAAAUUCCAGAAUUGGGUAAAGUACACAUGGGAUUCUUGGAAGCCUUAGGCUUGGGCAACAGAACUGAUGUUGUAACCUUCUACAAUCGAAUUCUCGUAUACAAUCAACUUCAAGAGAAACACAAGCUCACCCCUCAAAAAGGUGUUGAUGGUAGCAAAAGGCCUUCAGAAGGUAUUAAAGCACUAUCCUCUAUUGGCAUCAAGAUAGUUCCACCAGAUAUGGUAGAGAAGAGUGCAUACUAUGCUGUAAGAAAAAAGCUCAAGAGCUUACUAGAGGAGCACAAAAAUGCAAAAUUCGUUGUUACAGGGCAUAGUCUAGGUGGGGCACUUGCGAUAUUGUUCCCUUGUGUGCUGGUGUUGCAUGAGGAGAUGGAGUUGAUGGAUAGGUUGUUGGGCAUAUAUACAUUUGGACAGCCAAGGAUAGGGAAUAGACAGCUGGGGAGGUACAUGGAAGUCCAUCUGAAUAAGCCGGUCCAAAAGUACUUCAGGGUUGUCUACUCCAACGAUCUUGUCCCCAGGUUGCCUUAUGAUGACAGAACCUUCUUGUUUAAACAUUUCGGAGUCUGCCUUUACUACGACAGCCUAUACAAUGAACAUGUAACUAAGGAGGAGCCAAACAGAAAUUUCCUUGGACUGAGAUUUCUAAUACCAUUGUAUCUGACUGCUGCUUGGGAGCUACUAAGAAGUUUUACAAUGGGGUACGUAUAUGGACCAGAGUACAAAGAAGGGUGGUUUUCCAUUCUGCUAAGGAUGGUAGGACUUGUUCUUCCUGGUUUCGCUGCACAUUCCCCUACAAAUUAUGUUAACUCGGUGAGGCUUGGAAAGGAACGGCUCGUCCAAAGUUAUUAAAAGAGUGAUGAUACAAAGUUAAAUGUACGAGGCAGCAGAGCAUGCAUAUACACUGCUGCCUGACCCUUGCGGUGUAUGUGGUGGGUGUGAUCAGAACAUUGUGAUGGUAGUACUUGGUCAUCUUAUAUUAGAUGAAGAUGAUCCAGAAAAUAGACGUAAAGUACGCUGUGCAAAUAAAAUGGAAAUAAAACGUAAGGUGAAAGGAAUAUGUAGCUGGUUUUCUUCGGGAGAGCCAUGCCUAGCUGCGGAAUUAAGUGUCUUGGUGAAGUUACAUAUGUUUGGGAAGUUUCUUGCAAACAAAGAGUGUAGUAUAGUUGCAGUUGCUCGCUCUAUAUAUAGUUUGUUUUUAUUGUAUGGAGACAAGCUAAUGUACUGGUGGGUAUGAGAUAUCCUCAUUUACAACUAUUUGAACAAAAAUUUA